AAUAUUUAAGAAAUAGAUACGAAGGAUGAAAGAAAGUGAUAAUAUUGUGACACUUUUAUACGUUGUGCGUUUUUUUUUAUACGCAUUAUAUUUCUAUGGGAUUUUUAACGUCUUCGAUUUUUAACCAGCGCAUUAACAUAUGCGUAAAAAUACGGAGAGAAACAGCUGCCAUAAACGACGAAGGCCAAUACCAAGUAUAAUUAGUUUUUCUCCUUAUGGGCAGAGAAUAGUUCAACAUGGAUCUAUGCGACCAUUCAAACCAAAGAAUUCGCUUGAAAAAAUGCCUUUGUGCAUGUAGGCCCAGACUGCCGACUUCCUUCAUUGGUAGCUAGUCCUUCUCGGAGUUGAAGGCUGAGCCGACCAACUGCGACAUACCUGACCUAACGAAACUUUGUUCCGGUAAAUUCUAGCCUGACUCGUAUCGAAGCAUUUACGCUCGGAAACGUGAUUAACGCUUUACUACAACGCCGACGCUCCCUUGUUUGUUCGAGCCUAAAUUCGGUUACAAUCGAAAAGCUAAGUGGAUGAAGAAGGCGUAUUGUUCAUUGUGACAAAAGUGCAAUGACGUUCAAGCAAAGUCAGUCGGUCAUUUAUUAUAAAUUUCCUCGUUUAAAAGAAUUUUUUACAAAGCGUAUUCUGAAUAUUCUCGAUCAUUAUUCAGCAUCAGCAAAUGCGCGAUACUUUUUUUUUUUCCGUGAAAGAGAAAGAGAUUGAUCCUUAUGCCACUUUAAGACAAUAAGUAAAACAAUGGUCAAUGUAACUUUCUGAUGCAGGGCGAGCAGCAUCGAGAGAGCCCGAAGGAAAUCCUGGACUUUUCUUGAAAUGUUCGAGGAACUCGCUGUAUCGUGGAGGAGAACAAAACGGAGACGAGGCAUGGGGAGAAAAAAGAGAGGAGAAAAGCGUUGCUACAGGCGUCAGGAUGAAGGUACACGUAUUCUUUUUAAGGCGGAACACUUUACUGCCGCUCGUUUCAGCGGCGGUAAUGGAGGGAGCCCCGGCCACCCUCGAGGAAUUAAUUCGGGGCUAAAGCCGGGGCGAGACCAUCCUCGCCGAUAUCGAGUCGCUCGCCCGGAAGUGUUAGUGUCUACUUACCACUCCUUCAAUUAUGGGAUUUUCAAUGAACAAUGUAUAUAUAAUCAAAUGCUUGAAUUUUUUUCAGAUAUAACAACUCUUCUCGCGAGACAGGCAUUCCAGAGCGGAAUUAUAUCCUUCGAUAGCCAUUUCCCGUGUUUGAAGCAAUGCGUGCCCAAAGCCCCUUAUCAUUCUCCUGCCCGGUGUAGAAUUGUUAGACGACUGGACGGAGAACUGAUAAGGGCCCGAGGGUCACCGAAUCAUCGUGGGACUGGAUUCAUCGCAUACUCCUCGUCUGCUAAACGCCAAAAGCACGUGUCUGUGAAGUUGGCACGACGUUUUACGAAUUUCAAGAAAAAAUUAAGAGUUCUAAUAGCACUUUUCAUAGUUCUAUAGUUCCUGAUAAAAAUUAAAAAGAGUUCCGCAUUCCUUAUAUUAAAAAAUCGAAAUUGAAAAAAUGUCGUACUAAUUUCGCGAAUUUAGCACGACACCCUCCCCUCUAAAG